AUGGCGUUCGGGUUGGUUGAGAGACGCCCCUAUGGUGUUCGGGUUGGUUGGUCCAUUGCAUCCCACAGACACUCUCUUCUUUUCUCCCCCGUCCUCACUCCACAAGAAAGCACUCUUCCCCCCACCAGCACCACCAGCCUCGCUCACAGGACUCCAAGAGACGCCCCAUGCACCAUGCCCCAUGGUGUCUCCCUCGCUCACAAGACCCUGGGGGACACACCCGUGGCAUUCGGGCUGGUGGAAUUCGAAUCCGCAUGGAACGCUGCCACUGAAGACCGCCCUCUCUGCUUCGAAAGCCUCCUCCUGCCGGGCAUCUUCAAGGGAGUGGCCUUCCCGUCCCACCCCGACCAAGCCACCUACCUGGACCGGCACCUGAGGAUCAAGCUGGGGUUGAAGCCUCCAGAGAAAAUGAUCAUAUGGCAUGCCUCGUCCAACUCUUUUCCUUCCAUCCAUUUGCACAUGCUGUUUCUCCAUGUGACCAUGGUCCACAUGGGUCACCUCACAUUCCUCUUUCAACGUCUUCCUCUUCUGCUCUUCUGGUCUUCCCCCCUCAUCCCUCCACCCAUGCUUCUUCUCCAGGUGACCAUGGUCGAGAUGGGUCACCCAUCUGACGUUCCGGCAGCAGUUCGAAGCGAUUCAAUCAGCCGACAUCAUCAUAUCCCUCCACAGCGCUUCCUUCAUGAACGUGCCCCUCUUCCCCUUAAUCCAUCCUCGUACCUGCUUCUUCUCCAGGUGACCAUGGUCGAGAUGGGUCACCUGACAUUCCGCCAGCAGUUCGAAGCCAUUCAAUCGGCCGACAUCAUCAUCUCCCUCCACAGCGCUUCAUUCAUGAACGUGCCUCUCUUCGCCCGCCGCAACGUCGUCGUGAUUGAAAUCAUGCCCUACAAGGUCACUCACGAGCUGUACUACUCGCUAAUGCUCAACUCCGGCAUGCCGUAUUUCGUCAAGAUGUGCCGCAAAGGGGACGAGCAGGAGGGCGACGCAGAAUUCAAAGAUCUGAGCCAUUUCGAUUGCAUGCGCAAGCACGCAGCAUGUAAGCAGCACCAUGUUCACUUCCGGCGCGUGAAACUCACGGACCGGGAUCUACAGGAGUUGAAAACGAUGCUCAUGGUGGCAAAGGGUGUGGCUGGCGCGAGCUUGGGGGCUUUUGGGAGGGAGAUUCAGCCUAAGGAGCUGCCAGGGUGGGCAGAAGAAAAGUUCAAGGAUGUGUGUGUUGCCCGAGAUGUGGAUUCGUCUGGACCGCGGAAUGAAAUUUUACGGGUGCCCAAGCCAGCAGCAGCAGCCGCGCGCGCAGCCACACAUGCGCGCGUGCACGCGCUGCAGCAGUUGCGCGCGCAGCAGUCAGCCGCACGCACGGCAGCCGCCAUGUGCGCAGCUGCGCACGCGCACAGCGGCACGCGCGCAGCUGCACACGCACCAGCAGCCGCGCGCGCGCCUUCAGCCGCACGCGCAACAGCAGCCCGACGCGCAGUGGCAGCUGCACGCGCACCUGCAGCCACGCGCGCAGCAGCAGCCACACGAGCAGCGGCAACCGCACGCACAGCAUCAGCCGCACGUGCAGCCGCAACCGCACCUACAGCAACAACCGCCCAUACACCACCUACCGUGCCAGCAGCUGCAGCCUCCCUCCCACCCGUUCCUGCUCUCUCACCACGCCUCCUACCAUAG